GAGCGCAGGGACGCGAUGGGGGCGGGACAUCGCCCUGUCAGUGCAUAUGUCAUAAGCAGCGGUGGAGGUGUGGCUUCAUGUCCACGCCCCUGCGUGGAGAAUGUGACGGGGGAGAGCGAGACACGAGUCCGGGAGAUCCUUCAUUUGCUGUGGGUUUGUGAAAAAAUGGCGUACCAUAACCAGUACCGAGCUCCUCAGUACAACAGCGCGCCUCCAGACCAGGCGUUUCUCUGGAACAUCUUCCAGCGGGUGGACAAAGACAGGAGCGGGUCCAUCUCAGAUACAGAGCUCCAGCAGGCUUUAUCAAACGGCACAUGGACACCAUUCAAUCCUGUGACUGUCAGAUCGAUUAUAGCCAUGUUUGACAGAGACAAUAAAGGCGGCGUGAACUUUAACGAGUUCGCCGGCGUGUGGAAAUACAUCACCGACUGGCAGAACAUCUUCCGCACCUACGACCGUGACAACUCAGGCUUCAUCGACAAGACCGAGCUGAAGCAGGCUCUCACCGGCUUCGGUUACCGUCUCUCAGACCAGUUCUAUAACACGCUGAUCGAGAAAUUUGACCGGCAGAGGAAAGGACAGGUAGCUUUCGAUGACUUCAUCCAGUGCUGCAUUGUACUACAGAGGCUAACCGACGUGUUCCGGAGAUACGACACGGACCAGGACGGCUGGAUCCAGGUCUCCUACGAGCAGUACCUCUCGAUGGUCUUCAACAUCGUAUAGCACAAACCAAGCACACACACUCCAGUGCCAAACACCACGUCUGUCUCUUACAACUGGUCUUCCACCGGGGGACACCACACACACACACACACACACACACACACACACACACAC